AUGACACAAUCAACAACAUCCCCAAAUGAUGCUGAUGUUGCCGCUGUUGCCAGCCGAAUUGAGGAGCUGGUGGCAAGUGUUAAGAGGAGGUCCCAGCGUCUUUAUAAGGAUAGUGACGGAUGCAAAGGACGUGCCCGAAUCCGCCGAAAGAUCAGGGAGGAAAAAAAAAUCUUAAAUUCUGUAGUGGAAAAGUAUAACACCUUGGUUCCUAAUGCAGAAAAACUGACAUUGGACACCAUUCUAUCUGACGAGAUUGUUUGGCCAUGGCAGCUUACACACGGUGACUCUGUAGAUCUAAGGACAAAGAGGAAGGCGUUCGACAUUGUGAUGGCAGUAAGGAGACUUGAGGAGGAGAAGAGGAUUCUUAUUGCAGAGAUGAACAAGCAUUGGAAGUCUCUUUGCACCCGUGCAGACACCCUGAAGCAGAUGUCAUCCCAGCUUUCUAAUGUGACAUCAGGUGAGACGUGGGGCCUGCUUCAAGAUGGUAUCCGGGGUCUACAGAGCUUGACGAUGAAGAACAAGCAAGCAAGCAACAGCCUGACAAAGCAUGCAAAGAAAUGUUAUGUUCAAGUUCUGACUGAAACAGAAAUUAACUUUGAUAGUGAUUCUGAGGAAUACCAUACCAGUAGUGACUCUGAGCAAGAUUAAACAUGGCCAGAGUCCUUUUUUAUGCUGUUGUGUGCUGGGGAGGCAGCAUUAAGAAGAGGGCCGCUGGGACAGGUUGGUAAGGAAAGCUGGCUCUGUGUUUGGCAUGGAGCUGGAGUUAAUCAUUUAACAAACUGAGGAUAAUUUGCAGUAGCAGUCUUCUGUCAUGCUCAACAUUGAGGAGGUCCUUUGUCCCCAGGGCAAACCAGCAACUCAAUGUCACAGAAAAGGUUAGGGGAGAAAUGGACUUUUCAGCAUGAGUCUCACCAUGCGCCAACCAUCACAUCACUUUGUCUAUUGUCUAGUAUCCACUAUCCAUUUGACUGUCUUACAGGCUACAUUAGCCCCUCUACACAUUCUGGACUGUGGUUUCAACAUUUACCCCUGUUGGCUUGUAUAAUCUUUUUUAUUUUUUAUAUAUAUAUUUAAGUUUCUGUUCUAUUUAUUUUAUCUUCUUUGUAUUGUUUUUGUUAAGCAGUACUAUUAUGCUCAGACUCUUUUUUCCAUAGUCAUAUUAAACAUGCACAGCUUUGCACUGAUUAAAUCCCUGCACUGUUUACUUUUGCACUACCACCACUGCAAAUCACUCCAUAGCUGCCCAUCAUGUAUCACAGGGUCAGUCCCUACCAGGCCUUUGUAAUCACUUGACAUGCUCUUCACUUUUUACAUUUGUGAUUUUUGUUAUGUGUCUGAGCUAUGUUUGUGGUUUUUGUGGUUGUAUAAGCUAAUAAAUGCCUAA